GUGCAUAUAUAAUUCGCACGGUUUAAAAAGAGCCAGUCACCUGCUGGCCAUCGCUCCAGAUCUGGACUGUGAGACACGACCUGAAAUCGCCACGGGAGAAACUGAGAAUGGUGAUUUCCAUGGUCCAUGCUACGCUCUGUUGAUGAAGAGCAGGCGGUUGCUUGAAAUUGGAGGGCUGAGUUGUGUCCUCUGAGCCUCUCCGGGGCUGCCUCCUCCUUAGCUGGACUGUCAAGGGUGGCAGGCCGUCCAAAGUUCCUGUGGGGAAGAAGGCCCUAGUAGACAGGACGCUGGCAGCGUGCGGUGGAGGCCAUGGGCCCCCUGCGGGAGGACCGCCAGGAAGAGGGCAUCUGCCCCAUCUGCCAGGAGUGCCUGAAGGAGGCAGUGCGUACCGACUGCGGCCACCUCUUCUGCCGGGCCUGCCUGGCCCAGCACCUGGAGAAGGCCUCGGCCUCCGGAGUCCGCAGCUGCCCCCUCUGCAGGAAGCCCUGUUCCGAGGGGGUCCUGGGGGCCGGCUAUACCUGCGACAGCCACCAGAAGAAGGUGUGCUGGUUCUGUGAGGAGAGCAGACGUCUUCUGUGCAUGGAAUGCCGGAUGACCCCUGAACACAAGUCUCACUGUGAACUGCCCAUUGAAAAUGCCAUCAGCCACUACAAGGAACGACUCAACCGCAGGAUCAGGAAGCUCAGAAAGGACAUCUGUGAACUCCAGCGGCUCAGAACUCAGGAGGAGGAGAGACUGCAGGAGAUGAAGGCAGACCCUGGGACCCACAGGCUGGAGGCUGAGCUGGAGCAGCAACCCCAAACCAGAAGACAGCUGGAUGCCCCCGCUCAGCGGCGGCCAGACCAGCGGCAGGAUGUGUCAGCAGAGCUGUCCAGAAUCCCUGGCAUCUCCAGGGCAUUACUUCAGCUCAGCAGCCUGGUCACUGAUCUGGAGGGGAUGGCCAAGAAACUGGACGCCAGCCUGCUGAAGGAUGCCAGUGACCUACUGAACAGGUAUGAGCUGUCCCAUCUCCCUUCCUACAUGUGCUUCCACACACAAACCCACACCAACCUAGAUGUGUGUGGGGGCUUUCUCAAGGUCAAGGAGUUCCACUGUUCCUUUAACUUGCAUCUUCAUGCUACAUGGACAGUGGAAGAGUCAACAGAAUAUACUGAAGGAUUUUUUGUUUCUAGGAGUGCUCCAGAGCAAUUAGAGGUUAUUUAUCCCAACUUAGAGAAAAGAAUCAACGAGUCACUUGUCCAGCCAUCCUCAGCGGCUCUGACAUGUUCAUCCCCGGGCCAUUUCAUCUCAGAUUCACCUCACCCUCCUGGCUCUCCUUCCCCUAAUCUGUCCAGCCUCCCAUUAGGUCUGCCCGGUGGCCCCUCAGACCUGCCAUCUCCUGAACAUGACCUCCAUUCCUCGUCGCCAGAGCUGUGACCUGAUGCCUGACCCUCAGACCCCUGGACGAUAGUCAUAGCCUCUCUCCUGAACCAGGCUUGUACUCUGGCUCCCACUGCAGAGGUCAGGAUCCAAGCCCUCUUUUUCCUGUGAACUGAUGGUAGUACCCAUCUCUCACCAUCUCAUAUUGAAAUGGGAGCAUCCAGACAUUUGAAUGGUAUGAGCUCACAAUGGUGAUACCACCUCUGCAUGUGGAGCCUGCACAUCUGUUGGAAGGAACAUUCCUUCUGAGCUCCUGUAGCACCUGGUAUCUGUACCAUUCGCCUGGCACUUUUAUUAUUUUUGUGAUGGACAGACUCUACAGUGACCUCUCAUGAUUCUCCCUUAAUAGUGUUCAUACCCUUGUGUGAUCCCCUCUCCCUGAGUGUGAGCAGAACCUGUGACUUGCUUCUAAUCAAUGGAAUAUGGCAAAGGGGAUGGGCUGGCACUUCACGGACUGCGUUACACGAAUGGGAUGCCUCCUUGUUAACACUCUCCCUCUUGAGAUUCUCCUUGCUGGAUUGACGAUGUGAGUGACUCUGCAGCCAGCAGGCAGCCUCCAGCCUUCAGCCAACAGGAAGCAGAGGCCCUCAUUCUUGCAGCUGCCGGAAAAUUAACUCUGCCAACUGCCUAAAUGAACUUGGAUGUGGAUUUUUCCCCAGUCGAGUCUCCAGAGGAGAACCCAGCCCAGUUGACACCUUGAUUGCAACCUCAUGAGACCCUAAGCAGAGAACCCAAACUUCUGAUCCACAGAAACUGUGAGGUAAUAGAUAUCAUAGAAACUAUGAUAUAAUGAAUACAGAUCAAUGAAUAGUACCUUUGUGUAUUAAUUAUUUGCAUCACUUCUUUGGGUGAGUAAUAACAGUGACCCAACCCACAUCCAUCUCACUUGUCUGAUGUAUAAAAUGGAACUAUUUUUUAAAAUGGGACUAUUAAUAAUACCUACCUCAUAGGGUUGUCGUGAUCAUUAGUUGAGUUAAUAUAUUAAAAAAUAUUUAUUUACAGUGACUGGUCAGAGUGAGCUCUAUAUGUGUUCGUUAUUAUUACUAACAUUUUUUAAAUCUUUAGUUCUUUCUUUGAGAACUACUUGUGUCCCCUCCAGCACCCUCACCAUAGCUUCCCAUGAAGCUUGGUUAGUGGUGGAAAAGUCCCAUUUUCCUUAUUUACAUGUCUGAUCUUAUAUUAAACUUUU